CAUGCAUGACCCCUGCAUGAUAAGGAGGAACUGACACCGCCGGUGGAGGGCACUCAGUAAAACAGCUCGAUCUACGGCGUCUCGGUUUGGACAAAAAGUGUCGUUUCCAGUCCAUCAAUGACGAUGGGUGACACGAUUUUUGAAGAAUUAGAAGAUUUGAUGCAUUUUUCUGUCGCCGAUUUGCCCGCUCGUGGAUAUGCAGUGAUGGAGGAGAUCCGACGACAAGGGAAACUGUGUGACGUUACCCUAAAAGUAGGAGAGCACAAAUUCAGUGCUCACAGAAUAGUUCUUGCUGCUUCUAUUCCGUACUUCCAUGCCAUGUUCACCAAUGACAUGGUGGAAUGCAAACAGGAUGAGAUCGUCAUGCAGGGCAUGGACCCCAGUGCACUUGAAGCUCUAAUAAACUUUGCCUACAAUGGACACAUAGCCAUAGACCAGCAGAACGUCCAAGCCCUCCUGAUAGGGGCCAGUUUCCUGCAGCUUCAAAAUGUCAAAGAUGCCUGCUGCUCUUUUCUACAGCAGAGGUUGCAUCCAAAGAAUUGCCUUGGUGUACGGCAGUUCGCAGAGACUAUGAUGUGCACUACACUUUACGAUGCAGCCAACAUCUUCGUUCACCAGCACUUUGUGGAGGUAUCUUUGUCCGAGGAGUUCCUGGCCCUUCGACCGGAGGAGGUGUUUGAGCUUGUGGGCUGCGAUGAGCUCAAUAUCCAAGCAGAGGAGCAGGUGUUUGAAGCCGUGCUUGCUUGGGUGCGACAUUCACGUGAAGAUCGGGAGCCACGGUUACCGGAGUUACUGUCUAAAACCCGACUGCCUCUAUGUCGACCUCAGUUCCUCGCUGACCGAGUCCAACAAGAUGAGCUUGUACGCUGCUGCCACAAAUGCAGGGACCUUGUUGAUGAGGCGAAAGAUUACCAUCUGAUGCCGGAGCGACGGCCGCACCUCCCAGCCUAUAAGACCCGACAGAGAUGUUGCACAUCCAUUGCAGGUUUAAUCUAUGCAGUCGGGGGCCUCAACAGUGCUGGUGACUCAUUAAAUGUCGUGGAGGUAUUUGAUCCAAUUGGAAACUGUUGGGAGCGAUGCCAACCUAUGAGCACAGCCCGCAGUCGAGUGGGUGUUGCUGUUGUGAACGGGCUGCUUUAUGCCAUUGGUGGUUACGACGGUCAAUCACGGCUUAGAACCGUGGAAGUUUACAACCCAGAAACUGACACAUGGACCAAAGUUGCUAGCAUGAACACUCAACGCAGUGCGAUGGGAACAGUUGUUGUUGAUGGUCAUAUAUAUGUCUGUGGUGGAUAUGAUGGCAAGUCCUCUCUAAAUUCAGUUGAGUGCUAUUCCCCAGAGACUGACAGAUGGACAAUAGUGACAGAAAUGAGCGCAAGCCGCAGUGCUGCUGGUGUUACUGUGUUUGAAGGCAGAAUAUAUGUUUCAGGUGGUCAUGAUGGUCUACAGAUCUUCAACACGGUGGAGUACUAUAACCAGCAUACAGCAUUAUGGCACCCUGUUGCUCCCAUGAUAAACAAGCGCUGUCGGCAUGGUGCUGCAGCCGUGGGCAGCAAUCUGUAUGUGGCUGGAGGUUAUGACGGCUCUGCGUUCCUUAGUGGAGCAGAGGUUUACAGCUCAAUAACAGAUCAGUGGAGCCACCUUGUGGCCAUGAACACUCGACGCAGCCGCAUUUCUCUAGUGGCCAACUGCGGUCGACUCUAUGCAGUGGGAGGUUAUGACGGACAGUCCAAUCUCAGCUCUUUGGAAAUGUACGACCCAGAAAUUAACCGCUGGACGUUUAUGGCACCAAUGGUUUGCCAUGAGGGUGGGGUAGGGGUAGGCUGUAUACCUUUACAGCCCACUUAACGCAACAGUCUCCCUCAGCCCUCCCCCCAAAAAAUGUUUUUGUACUGAGUAAUCUAACAAAAUGCACUCAUGAUCCUUGCUUCACAUGUUUGCAUCAGAGGUACCAUUAUUCAGGCUUUUAUUCUUAGAAAAGCCUAACGCAGAUAUGCCAGUACACCUUUAAUGGUGACAUAAUCCUGUUCUGUUCUUUUGACGACCAAAUGUAAAAUUCAUUCAUGCAUUCAAAGACAUUCACAACAAAUGGGCCGGACGUCUGCUAAAAAAUGCACUUUUGCACUGUUAACAGAUAGCGUGUAUCGUGGGCCCAUUUAAGCAUCAGUUGUUGGAUAAUAUCAUCAUGUACACAUAUAAAUUUGUCAUUUUUAUUCCUCUAAACUGGAAGCCAACUUAGAUUUCUAGACAGGUGAAAGUUAACCACUGUUAACCCAUGCCAUAAUUGGGAGAGUAUAAUCAAGUAGGUAUGAUUAAUGAGGAUAAAGCUGUUUUUAAUUCUAUUUUAUCAAGAUUUUUUCAUACUUAGAAGUACUAAUCGUAUUUUAUUUGGGAUAUUGCUCAUAAUGAAUGUUGCAGAUCAUGAUGGAAAUUUAAUGUGAGCGAAUGACCGCUUAUGUGUCUGCGCAAAACAUCUGCUAGAUGUGCCAUGACUUUCCACUUUAUAUGAGAAUAUGUUUUGAUUUCACCACUUUAUUGACUUGAAUUCUCCUAAAUUUGAAAGAAAAGUUCAGUUUUUAGUGUGUAGAUCUUUUCGAUUUUGGGAAUGCCGAUCACCAGCUCUGUGUACUGGAUGGAUGGGUUGUGAUGUGCCCAUCUAAUCCCAUUUCUUUUUCAUUUUCUCUCAUAUUUUUGAGAAUCAGCACACAUACCAAAAAGAGGGAGCGUGAAAUUGACAUUAACUGACAAAGUUAGAGAGGACUCUUGUCAGAAAUGUGCUUUCAGGAUUAUUCACUAUGUUGAAGUUUGAGUGUUGGAGGUUUAAAUAGAACGUUCCCUCGUGCUUUGUGCAAAAAAAUGUCCAAAUUAUGGUUCAUGACUGUAUAGUUGUUGUAUACAUUUUUAACUUCAAAUAACACAUCUGAAAUUAGGAUUACUGACUGUGAAUUUUUAACACGGUUUAUAUUUUCUUUCUCAUAUUACCAGUACUGCAUUUCUCUGCUGAUUUUAUUUUAUGAUUUAUUUUGUAUUAACUUCCAAUUGUGAUGCAGUAUUUCUACUUUUAAUUUAUUAUUAGCUGUAAUCGUUCUUCUUUUUGUAGCAUUGCACAUUGUAGUUUUUAAGUCACAUAAAUGCAAAUCAAGUUUACGUUUUACAGAAAUCUAAUAUAUAUAUAUGAAUCACAUUUUCUGUAUGUGUUUGAAUAUAUUCCUCAGCUACCUCCGUAUGAGAUGGGAGAGCUCAACAGGGACAAAUAUCGAGUCGGUCGCCCUGGUGUCUUUUAAAAACAUUUCCAUUUAACCUGAAGGAAUGGCAUUAACUGAGAUCUUUUGUGUGGGACUAAAACAUUCUUUUUCACAUAAUUCCUAAAUGUCUUAAAUAAACAUUGAUUUUAUGGACA